AUGCCAUCCGAUGCAAAGCCCUCAACUCCAGGCCGAACCCUGGCCAUCUUCGGCGCAACCGGCCGCACCGGAAGCGAAACACUGAAAGCCCUCCUUGCCAAACCCACGAAUCCCUUUUCUCACAUGAAGAUCUUUGUCCGUUCCCGCGAAAAGCUCAUCAAAACCUUUCCCCAAUUCAAGACGGAUAACAGUGUCGAAAUCAUCGAGGGCCAAGUCACCGACGAGACGCGUAUCAAAGCCUGUCUCGUCGGUGCUGACACAAUCAUCUGCGCGCUGGGCGAAAACGACAAUAAGCCCACCGUCAGGGUCCUGCAAGAUUCAACAACGACAAUCGUCUCGGCACUGAAGCAGCUCAAGAAGGAAGGAGGAGCAGACUGGAAGAAGCCGUGGUUCAUCCUCCUUUCUUCUUCGACGUGGAACGAGCGAUUCGCCGCGAAGCAGCCGUGGCUCGUCAUGUGGAUGAUCAAGAACGCCUUCUACUGGCCCUACGCGGAUCUGCGAAAAGCGCAUGAAAACCUGCAGGCCGAGCCAGACCUGUUGCUACUGUUGUUGGUGCAGCCACCCGCCAUCAUUGACGAAGAGGCGAGCGGUUACACCAUCAGCACCGAAUCGGUUGGUCUCGCUUGCUCAUACCCGGAUCUGGGCGCGGCAUUUGCAGAGUUAGCAACCGAGGACGCGUACAGGGAGACCAGCGCCGUUGGUGUCACCUCGGGAAUGGCAAAGGCGGGCUUCUCGAGAUACGGGCCAGAGAUUCUCCCUAGAGUCAUCUUUGGUCUGAUGGCCAGUUUCAUUCCGGGCGCUUGGAGGGUUGUACCAAGUGUGUGA